UUUUUUCUCGUCUCCCGUUUUGUGUGUUGGGGGGAUGGGGCCGUGCCGAGGAUGAGACACUCCAAAUAUUUACCACUUGGCUAACUAAAUAUCUUUAUUUCCCAACUGGGCUUCCUCCGUCGCUCUUGUAGAUAUAAAUACUUUUCGACCACGCAUGAGUUUGGGUGGAAUUCGACGAACAUAAAGUGGAGUAUCUGUACGUCCACGACACACGCUCAAAAAGUCGACAAAAUGUACUCCUCUGCUGGAGCUUCUGAGAUGCUUGAGGGACCCCGUUCCUCCGGGUCAGCAAGCUCUGAACCCCCAUCAUCCCCAGUGCCAGAAUAUGUAUUCAAGCCACCAUCACGGCCAGACUUUGGCACCAUGGGCAGGACAAUCAAGCUCCAGGCCAACUUCUUUGAGAUGGAAAUCCCCAAACUGGAGGUCUACCAUUAUGACAUCGACAUCAAGCCUGAGAAAUGCCCCAGGAGGGUCAAUCGUGAAAUUGUGGAGCACAUGGUCCAGCACUUUAAAACACAAAUCUUUGGUGAUCGAAAGCCGGUGUAUGACGGGAGGAAGAAUCUCUACACUGCCAUGCCCUUGCCCAUCGGCAGAGAUAAGGUGGAGCUCGAGGUAACCAUUCCUGGUGAAGGCAAAGACCGUAGCUUCAAAGUUUCCAUCAAGUGGGUGUCUUGCGUCAGCCUGCAAGCUCUGCACGAAGCGCUAGCAGGGCGGCUACCCAGCGUCCCCUUUGAGACCGUCCAAGCCUUGGAUGUGGUCAUGAGACAUUUGCCCUCUAUGAGGUACACCCCAGUGGGCCGCUCUUUCUUCACUCCCUCAGAAGGCUGUUCGAACCCCCUCGGUGGUGGCAGAGAGGUGUGGUUCGGCUUCCACCAGUCUGUCAGGCCCUCUCUUUGGAAAAUGAUGCUCAACAUCGAUGUUUCCGCCACUGCAUUCUACAAAGCCCAGCCUGUAAUCGAGUUCAUGUGUGAGGUCUUGGAUUUCAAAAGCAUUGAAGAACAACAGAAGCCCUUAACAGACUCUCAACGAGUGAAAUUCACAAAGGAAAUCAAAGGAUUGAAGGUGGAGAUCACCCACUGUGGGCAGAUGAAGAGGAAGUACAGAGUGUGCAAUGUGACCAGAAGACCAGCCAGCCACCAAACGUUCCCCCUGCAGCAGGAGAACGGCCAAACUAUUGAAUGCACAGUAGCACAGUACUUCAAAGACAAGUACAAGCUCAUCCUGAGAUACCCCCACCUCCCGUGUCUGCAGGUGGGACAGGAGCAGAAGCACACCUACCUACCUCUAGAGGUGUGUAACAUAGUGGCAGGACAGCGCUGCAUCAAAAAGCUGACGGACAAUCAGACCUCCACUAUGAUCCGUGCCACAGCCCGAUCGGCACCAGACCGUCAGGACGAAAUUAGUAAAUUGAUGAGAAGUGCCAACUUCAACACUGACCCUUACGUUCGUGAAUUUGGAGUGAUGGUGAGAGAUGAGAUGACCGAAGUAAACGGCCGUGUCCUCCAAGCACCUUCCAUUCUGUAUGGAGGCAGGGUAUGUGGAUCACCUGGGGUCAAUGCGUUCAUGAACAAAGCAAUAGCCACACCAAUCCAGGGAGUAUGGGACAUGAGGAACAAGCAGUUCCACACUGGCAUUGAGAUCAAAGUGUGGGCCAUCGCCUGCUUCGCACCACAGAGGCAGUGCACUGAACUCCUGCUCAAAGCGUUCACAGACCAGCUGAGGAAGAUCUCCAGGGAUGCAGGGAUGCCCAUCCAGGGUCAGCCUUGCUUCUGUAAGUACGCCCAGGGGGCGGACAGCGUGGAGCCCAUGUUCAGACACCUCAAGUACACCUACCAGGGCCUCCAGCUGGUGGUCGUCAUCCUACCUGGGAAGACGCCCGUCUACGCUGAGGUGAAACGUGUUGGAGACACGGUACUCGGCAUGGCCACGCAAUGUGUGCAAGUGAAGAAUGUUCAAAAGACAACACCUCAGACCCUCUCCAACCUCUGUCUGAAGAUCAACGUCAAGCUGGGCGGUGUCAAUAACAUCCUCCUCCCGCAGGGCAGGCCGUUGGUGUUCCAGCAACCGGUGAUCUUCCUUGGGGCAGAUGUGACUCAUCCGCCUGCUGGAGAUGGAAAAAAGCCUUCCAUCGCUGCUGUCGUUGGAAGUAUGGACGCCCAUCCCAGCAGAUACUGUGCCACAGUGCGAGUGCAGCAGCACCGUCAGGACAUCAUCCAGGACCUGGCCACCAUGGUCAGGGAGCUGCUGAUCCAGUUCUACAAGUCCACCCGCUUCAAGCCCACCAGAAUAAUCUACUACCGCGAUGGCAUCUCUGAGGGCCAGUUCAACCAGGUCCUUCAGCACGAGCUGCUGGCGAUCCGUGAGGCCUGCAUCAAACUAGAGAAGGACUACCAGCCUGGUAUCACCUUUGUGGUAGUGCAGAAGAGACACCACACCAGACUGUUCUGCAUGGACAGAAACGAGAGGGUUGGGAAGAGUGGCAACAUUCCUGCAGGCACCACGGUGGACACCAAAAUCACUCACCCAUCAGAAUUUGACUUUUACCUUUGCAGUCACGCUGGCAUUCAGGGCACCAGCAGGCCGUCUCACUACCAUGUGCUCUGGGACGACAACCACUUCUCUUCAGAUGAAUUGCAGGUCCUCACCUACCAGCUAUGCCACACUUAUGUGCGCUGCACCCGGUCAGUUUCCAUCCCAGCACCAGCUUACUACGCCCAUUUGGUGGCUUUCCGGGCUCGCUAUCACUUGGUGGACAAAGAGCACGACAGUGCCGAGGGCAGUCAUACAUCAGGCCAGAGCAACGGGCGUGACCAACAGGCCUUGGCCAAGGCUGUUCAGAUUCACCAGGACACCCUGCGCACCAUGUACUUUGCCUGAGAGCACACAACCUGAGGCUGUGGUGGGUGAGACCCCACUGAUGAAACACACUACCCCUCGCUGUCUCACUGUCAGCUGUAGAUAGCAUCACAGUGGUUUCACAUCAUGAUCUCCCUACCUAACAGACCUGCCAGUCAAUCAUAUGUCUACAAUUGUACUUCAGCCCCAGACCCAUCGGAACCAAGCCAGCUAUUAGACUGUAAGAUGCAAAAGAAUCCCUUUGUCGGGGAGCUGGAAGAGGUUUUAUUUACAUGUUGUGCAUUAGUAUGUGUUUGUACUUGUUGUAGGGAAAUAUGUUGCAAAGUAUGAAAGGAAAAGUUUGUACACUGAUUGAUGAAAUCUAACGUUUUUAAACUAGUGGGCAGUAUCAUGAUACAUCGGGGAUGAUUUAAGACUAGAGGAAGCUGUUCGCCCCCCUUCUCCUGAUUCUGUUGUUUGUUAGGGUCUUGGUGCUUGAAUGGAGAAGGGUCAAAUUCACCAGAAGAUGAGGAGGCCUGUUCACUGUUUAUAUGCCUAAAUAGUUGCUCCUCUGAAAAACAUUAUUUAUCAGCCAAUCAAAGCAAAGUGCACUGAGCAGAAUGGGUACUUCAAUCAGGACAAAAGUACUUAAUAUAUUAGGGUUGGGUGCGAUUUUCCACAUUGGGCACUAUGUGCUGCAAAGUGCCAUUUGAGACCAUCGUUCUGUCGUCAUUUCUGUGUGAAACUAUUGAUUAUUCGGCCCACAUCUGCUGGGGUUUUCAGUAUUUGUCCUUGAUUGACACUGAUGACCAUUUUAUGCCAAAUCUGGUGACAGCUUAGUAAAUGAAUUCUUUGCAUCAGAUUUGUCAUCAACCCUUAAACAGACACUUAGUUUAUUCUAGUUGAGAUCUUUUAGUGUUCAGAGGUCAAAGAACAGCCCAUUUUCUCCAACUCUGCCUCUCGUGUUAGUCUGAACUGAAAGAGUUGCACCAGUCAUCCCAUGCAGAGAAACAGUGUAUUGGGACUGGUUCCCAACAAGGACACCUUUCUAAUGUACUCUGAGCCGUGUUGAUGAAAGACACAUGAUGUAGAACUCAGCAUAGAGGGGGAACUUGAUGACAUUUUUCCCCCCCUUAGGUUUUUAUAGUCUAAUUUAAUUUCAAUCAUUUUUUUUUUGUAAUGAAUAUGCAUGUAGCUGACUCAUGUUUUAGACAUUUAGGCGUUUGUGAUACUGGUUUUAUUUCUUCCUUUAUACACAUUAACUCUUCUUCUAUGUUUUCAUGUAUAUAGCAGCAGCAGGAGAGUGUUUUCUGCAGCGUCUUUGUCAGAGCGGGAUAUUUGUGUGGCGUCUCGAUAUAUAUCCAGGCAUUCGGUACAGUGGAGUGAGAGCUGCAACAUUUUAGAGUUUAACUGAUCGAAAUUCCCUUAACAACAACAACAAAAAAAAUUCUAGUGUUUGCUCCUGGGAUUGGGAGCAGUCGUCGCACAAAAGCUUGGGUUUUAUGCAAAUGACUUUUUGUGAGUCUUUAUACUAUAUAGUAAUGUUGGUAAUGAGGUAUAUUUUGAAUAAGCUUUCAGUGGAAGCUGCUGAAAUUAUUACAGAGAUUUUUUUUAAACGACGGGCCCACAUGUAGUCUAAAUUAACACUGUCUAUUUGUAUACAGAUUUUAAGUGCAAAUAUUCUCUUGCCUUCUAAGACUGUUACAGUCUUACUAAUAAUUCUAGACAUUUCCUGACAUCCCACCUGAGUUUUACUACUAAGUUAAGCUGGCGAAUGUUCUCAUAGUCUUGAUUGGAGGGCAAGUAGUAUACAUUUUCUAACUAUGCAUAAUUUUUAACCAAGAGAUUUAGCGGUGGGGUAUCUCACACAAAUUUGGGUAAUUUCUAGAGCUAGAUAAUCAGGGCUUUUGUUGUUUUUAUUUUUUAGCAUGUUGCAUUUAGUAGCGUUUCUUAGUGCUUAUCAGCGUCUUCAUGCCUUUCUAACGGGGAUGAAGUAUUUAUGUGGUCAUUUGUAAAAACAUUGUAGAUUUUAUAGCCUGAAAAAUUGGGUGUAUCCUUUGUAAACACACAAUCUUUUCAUAGCCAAACAAGAUUACAAACUUUUACAUGAUUAAUAUUCAGAAAAAAAAGACAUAGAAGCACAAAAAGGACAUCUUGAUUCUAGGUGCUAGAAGUUUUCACUGUAAAAACCACCUUAAUUCCUCACUGGACUGGUCAACAAGGCUUUUUACUUGUACGUUUUAAAAAAGAUGCUUCAUCUCGAGGAUCUUUGCUCUCCCUUCGACGACCUCUCUGUCACCCUUUUUACUCAUUUCCUGUAAAGCAACUAGAAAUCCGACUGACUGUGUUUGUGGGGCAUUCUGAAAAAAAAAAAAAAUCACGUACUUGAUAUUUACUGUUAUGAUGUCAAUAUUGUUCUUAUCGGUGCUGGUCUCACAACAUGUAAAUUUGGAUGCACUUUUGAUAGCAGAACGGUGGCGCUUCUCUCUACAGACGCGCGUUCCUCAAUCGAAGCAGGAGGCUCGGCCAUAUAACUGCGUGACACUGGUGUAAUUGUAUGGAAAUGGCCGUGUGUUCUACCUCUUGUUACCUGUAUAAGUGUUAUGGUAACAUCACACUGCAGGCCAUUUCUGUAUAAUUACCCCUGCUAUCUAUCUAUCUAUCUAAUUGGCGUUGUUUGAGUCUUGCAUUGACAGCAGAGGUUUUAAAACGCUUGGUGUGCAUGAUUGUGAACGCGCUUUCUCAGUUUAUGUUGUUGUGAUUUUCUUUUUCUUCAUAGUUUUACUCAAACUGAUAAGAGAGAAUGUGUUUUUUCCCUUUUUAGUGGUUUUGAGCUGUACGACCAAAUUCUUGAAGUGUGUUUUGUAUUCACACACAGCUUCUCCCUUCUUUCUUUCCUUUUAUUCUAUGCACCAGUGAAAUGACACACCUUUAAAAAAACAAAACAAAAAACAAGUACAAUUGAAACCCUGAUUUCCCGCCUCAGCCCACUUCAGGUGUUAACAUAGCAUAUCCUUGAUCUGGAGAAAUUGUAAAACGUGCCCAAGUGGUGCUGUUAGUCAGACUGUUAAAAGUUACAAACUAUACAAAGACAAUAAGUUUGUAAUUCAGCAAGGCAUUUGAUCAGUUGCUGCUCACCGCAGGACACGUUUUGUCAUCUUUCACACGAGAACGAAUGGUGACUGGAUCAGAUGAAGCUGCAACGAUUAAUCGAUUGACAAAGAAAAUCCAUCGCCAACUAUUUUGAUAGUUGAAAAUUGUUAUAGUCUUUUUUUUUUUUGUCUGUCAAACAUUUGCUGGCUCCAGCUUCUUGAAUAUGAGGAUUUUCUGCUUUUCUUUGUCAUUUAUGAUGGUAAAUGAAGAGUUGUUGGGUUUUGGACUGUUGGUUGGACAAAAGAAACCUUUUUGAGGCGUCGCUUCGGGAUCUGAGUUGUGUUGAACCUUUUCCUGGGUUGUUUUUCGUACAUUUUCUGAACUAAAAGAUUAAUUGUGACAAUACUCCAGCAAAUUACCCAUCGUGAAAAUAAUCAUUAGCUUCAGCUCUUACUCUGGAGACCAGUCGGGUGGAGCCCUGUUGUCGACUCUGUGUUUGGACACGUAGAUGUCCUCAGGGAAUAAUAGAAAGUGGGAAAGUGAGCGGGAGUCCUACAUUCAGAACAUCACGGUGUCUUUUUAGGAGGUGGCUUUGUACAUGUUGUUACUGCUUCUUCAUUAUUUACAUUACCUUUACCAGCACCUUAAAAUAGCAGAUCAUAAUGGCAUUGCUUUUGCUGGAGGUUAAAAACAUUUGACAAUGUUGUUUUUGCACUAAACAAGACUGGAGUUCUGUAGCUGUUGCAGCAUUUGGACUAUUUAUCAGGUGGCAGCCUCUCUUUUACUUUUUUAUUUUAUUUUUUUAAACUUAAAAAGGAGCAGUUGGUUUUGGUGACUCUAAGACACACUUGCCAUUCAGAUCACCACACCUGCUGAUCGGGAGGGAUUUUGCCAAGCCAACCAACACCCAGCAUGUCGUCUUUCAGAUAUAUCCCAAUGCCUUUUAAAUGUUAAUGAACGAGUGAAAGUUGUAGUCGUGUGGAUGGGUUGCCUUUGUACAGUGAUAUGGGAGAAAGGUGCUUUAUGCAAAACGAACUGACAGGUGUUGAAAAAGAGCCGGACAGUCCUGGAGCUCACCUGGAUGCCAAAGGGCUGCGCGAGGGAGGAAGCGUGACACAGACUGCAAUGUGAAUAGAAUAAACAUUGUUUCUGAGGCCUCGCUACACAGCCAGAGACGAAACAUAUCAAGAUCAGGAAGAGGCUUUUUUUCUGUUUCACAUAAAUCUGCUAAAUCAAGAAUGUGUAUGGAAACACCAGCCUGGAUGAAUGUGGCACUGCUUUACAAGUUUGAUGGUGCCCAAUGAGCUUAGUGAGAUAUUCAGAAUGAACCCUCGUGGCAUUAUGGGAUGCUUUCUGGCAGAUUCGUCGCCUCAGUUUGUCAGUUGUUUCUUGAGGUUGUGGUUUGUAAAUUUAAACGGCAUAUCAUAAGCUAAUUUUAUCGAUGAGUUCAUUUUAUUUUCUUGAUACCAGGUUAUUUUACUUCUGUAAGCAUGUGUUUUAAAUUGAGGGUUUGAAGAGGUUGAGAUGAAAUUCCUCUCCGCCUGUUUUACUUAUUUGCUUUCGAAUGGUUUUGGAACAAGAUAAAUUGAAUCCUUCCAAACCGUUACCGUCUGUAUAGUAACGCCUCUCCUGUCUGCCUCUCAUCCGUCUCUUGUAGAGAAACUAUUGCUAAUAUAAAGAAACCUCUUGUAGAGUAGAACCUAUUUUCCUAACUCCAAAUAAUAACAAUGAAUGUACUUAGAGCCUGUUUGGUUUGUAAUAUUGUACAGGCGAUCCAUCCAGUACAUUUAUACUCAUGUUUGCUUCUCUUGUACAGCCUUUUCUUUUUGUUUUUGAUGUUUCAUUUCUCCUAUUUAUAGGCUUUGAUAAUUGCAGAAAGUAUUAUGUUUCCUCCUUUAAUAUUUCCUUCAUUUAGAUGUCGCCUAUUUCACCGCUGAUAUCAUUGAUCUUUUCACCGAUUAACGCGAGAUAAACGAGUCUGCAGUGGCGACGUUGGCUACUGUAGUUGUAGGAGACAAAACGUUUCACACUGGUGCAAAGAGUAGUCAUCUUUUCUGUUCUGGCGUCAUGCUUGUGUGAAGUGCUGUGACAUAAAAGCUGUGUGAGUGUGUGUGUGUAAAUAUAUGCUGGUUGCUUUGGUGUGUGAUCUUGUUUGCUGUUAGAUUUUUGGCUUCUGCUUAAGCCCUCGGCCUGAUAUUCCUGUCCUCUUCUUCAGAGUUGUCCUGUAAAAUCCUUUAAAAAAUUCUCCCCAUGUUCGUCUCACUAACCGUUUCAGCGCAGCGCCACUUCAGAGCAAAGAAACUAAGGUGUUUGUCGGCGUGCCGCUUGUGUUCCUCAGUGAUUGUAUUACUACGCAGCUGUCUUUCCAUAUUUUGAAAAAGUACCGUUUAUGAUUUACAUGGCACUCACUCCGGCUUCAGCUACAUCAUUUUCCUGUUCCUAUUCAUAGAUUUCCUGAAGCAUCACUUUGUCUUUGACAGUCAGUCUUUUAUCUCACGUCCCAAUCACUCGUAGCCACGUGACACUGGUGUGCACCCACAAGGUCUCUCUGUUUCAAAGUUAUCCUGUAUUAGUGUUUUUAGCUACAAGUCUGGAUUAGUAGUGAGUAUAAAUUCAAAUGAGGUACUGGCAGACCUGAGAAAACCCAAAUGUCCACUGGAAGUCCGUCAGCAGCCACAUUUCCACCAUCUCAACAACUAUUGGGUGGAUUGCUGUGCAGGUCAAACUGUUCACUUAUACAGUGAAAUGACUCAACAGUUACCUGAUGAAUCAGCACAUCAUGUUUUAAGAACAGUCACCCAGACAAUGAUUGUGUAUCUCGUUCAGUCACUGGGUCAGAAUUGUAAUAUUCAUCCAGUUCUUUGAUUUUAUGGCCAAAAACCGGCAAAACUAAGCUAACCAUUCCCAUCAGCCUCAGCUGCACUGUGUUUUAGUUCUAACCAACCGAUGUUAGGUUGUCGUACCAUUUCAAAUUAAACAUUUAUACACAAUACGUGUGUAAAAAAAACUCUCAAGAUAGCAUUCUUUUUCUUUUUCUUUGUAAUUAACAACCUGCACACAGUGCUGGUACCGAAGACGUCAGUGACCACAUACAAUACAUUUGUAAUAAUGUUGAAAUAUUUCAGGUCGAAAAAUUUGACAGUUCAUCCGUUUACUUACAGUUUAGGUACUUGGAAUACUAUCGAAUGCGGGUGUUGCAUCAUUUUAAACAUGCGGUAUCAAUGAGUUUUGAUACUUUUGACCUAACAGAAGUGGUUACAUUGUUAACAUUAGCAUGUUAGCAUUGCUCUUGUGACCAUAUUAGCAUUCCAUUGUUAGCUUCUCCUCAAAGUUUAGCCUCACAGAGCUGCGCAGGCUGUGGACUCUCCUUCCUGUUUGACAGCAAACAUGUUUGGAGCUCAUUUAUGAUCAACGUGGUAAAAAAAUGCCGUCUUAUCCUCACAUUGUAUCCGUCAGUUGUCAAUUCUUGACAGUUGUCAGAAAAUGUAGUCAUUUAUUUAUGCACACUCAAAACUGAAUCUAAUGCUGCAGACACACAAGGUGCUCAGACGAAAAUGGACCCAACACGAUAUCAGAAUGUAAAACGAUCUCUGGCUCAACGGAGCCAAGACAAAGACGUAGCUGCUUCCAGUGGACAUCCGGGACCGGGCCCGGGCCUGUAGUACACCUGACCUGGACUGUGGAGAACUGUUACCAAGCUUCACCAAACAAAACCGAUGCCAUCCAGCUGAUCUACAUGCAUCCAAUCAUGAAAAGGCUCAUGUGGGUAUUUUUGUAUUUUCAAAGCGUUUCUAGUCUUCAGAAUAACUUGGCUUUUUAUUUACCAACUAAGAAAAAAAACUACCUCAGAGCAGUGUCAGGUGCUAGCUAAUAUUAGCCCUAAUUUAUAAUAAUGGUAACAAAAUCAAAAUUCCUUGUGACCAAACCAAUACAAGCCAAUAUCUUGUGAGAGCACUGUUCUUUCCUUUAAACCUUAAUAAAUGGAAAACCAAGUAAAUCACGUUUGACUGGUUGGUUGCUUUAGUUGGUUACAUGUUAGGGGACCAAAUUUUUGUAAUUGGGAGUCUCAUUGUUUCACAUGAGUCCAUUUUAUUUUUCAUUUUUUAUUUUAUUUUUCAAAAGAUGGUGAGAAAAGCAAACCCAGCACAAUCUAGGACUCAUUCAUGUAGUGAAACUGACGGUAAUCACGAGCGGAUCGUAUAUCGACAGAAAACGUGCCAUCAUACACUUUGACAAUGUUUUAAUACUCCAGUAAAACGUUGGUGAUAUGGAGGAAUGAUUGUAGUGGCGGUGAAGAUUUGUUGGAACGAUGUAUGUACAGCAAUAACGUUGGUGUGUGGGCUGUGGAAUCGCUGGUCAUUUGUCUUUACGCCAGUCUGUCCUCCAGGCAGCGCUCGAUAAACGUGUUAGACUUUUAUUUAGCAGGACGAUACUUUGUCUCCGUGUUUGAAACCAGCUUUUCUCUUUUCAUUUUACCAGAAUGUUGAAAUUUUAAGGUUUCGUACUGGACAGAGCCACUCCACAUGAUCAAAUGCCCACAUUUCUCCCAAUACUGCAAUAAAAGUUCAUUUUCCACUUCUACGAUUAGCCAGACUCGACGCCGUUUCUGUCAAGGAUAUAAGAUUGUAGUCUUGCAUGCAACAAAUUACAAAGGGAAUAUACACAUUUGAACAUACUUUUACGAUGCAUUCGAACAUUGUAAACUUCAGCGAGAGGUACAUCUGAUGUUGUGUGGCGAUUAACUAGUUUGUCGUGAUUAAAUGGAAAACAUCCAGCGCGUUUUGUAGUCGUUUUAUGUGUGCCUUUUGUCGGAUCUCUCUCUUCUCUCUCUUUCCACCUGCCCCAACAUUGGGUUUGUGAGUCCUUCUCUACAUUUUUGACGGAAUCUGCUGCGCCACAUAUAAAAGAAAUUCCAUUUUUAAUGAUCAUGCAACCUUGAGUGUAGAUGCUGCAUAGAACGAUCAGUAUUUGUGUUUUGCACUUUCAAAGCAGUCUCAAAAAAAAAACUUGCCUGCCUGAGGUCGGGCAGAAAGUAAAAAGAAAUAACUGACGAGGUAUUUUAUGCUAUCAAUAGGAAUUAUAAGGAAUAAUAUGACUUUGAAGAGCUUUUCUAAAAAGGUUGAUAUAUCUAUAUAUAUUCAUGAAGUACCUCAUAAGCCUGAUAUAUGCUGCAUUGACUUUUUUUUCUGUAGUGUACUUCAUAUUGUCCAAUAAAAUCUUUAAUUUCCCCCUUUUUUUUUCGGGAGGUUUGAAUGUCACACCCAGCUGUGCACAGGCCACAACCGCUAAAUCUGAUGGAGUUCUCUCGUAACGAAGGAGUAUGUUACACCUCGUGGCCAAAUGAUAACGUGUCAUUUAUGCAAUUUCUACGCAGUUGUCAUCAGAAUCCUUCUCAGCUGUAGCCACAUCAUAUAACCAUGCUCUGUUUUUUUUGUUUUGUUUUGCAUGUUCUCUGUGUCUGUGUAGCCAAAAAAUAUCGGGUUUAGUUGACGAAGAGUUGACGUGCACCGAACGCCCCGCGAGGCUCCGCGGUGUCACACAGCUGUUGACUCAGGUAUUGUCGUGAAAAGGGCUGUAUCUGCUUACCUGUGUCCCCCCUGCUCCUCCUCCCCGUACACCUUUGUCUUAAAAUAGCCUUAGAUCUACACGUGAGGUUCUUAUUUGGCCUUAAAAGUUGAACAAAUUAUGCACUACAAUUUCACAGACUUGACAGAGAGCUCGAUUCCCGUUCAGACACUUUUUUUUUUUUCCUCCUUCUUUUUUGUUUAAAGAGUUCGUGUCGUGUCAUUGCCAUGUUAUCUACCUCCUAUGAAUGUAGGGGCUGUCCUGGAGUUGUAGUCGACUGCAAAACCUUUUUUUUUUCCUGCUCAUUUAAGAAAAACAGACAAUCAUCUGUAGACUCUUGAAAGGUAUAAAAGAUAUUCCCCUAUUCAUUCAUACAUAGAACUAAUUCCAGGACACUCCAAUUUUUCUUGAUGUUUUUUUUCUUUUUUUCCCUCAUUGGCCAUUUUCAUUUUAUACAUUGUGCUUUUUUUCAUUGUAAGCCAUGAUGGAGAAGCAAAGUGACCAAAGUCUCUUGGCAAAGGCCGCCCUGCACAGCCGCGUGAAUUCAAACCUCCCGUCAUUUGUGUCAUUUUGAGCUCAGUUUUUGAGUUGUUGUUUUUAUUUUUAUUUCCUCCUCUCUCUCUUCUCCCUUAUUUAAACCACGACAUGCCAAAACUGAAUUUGCUGUCAUUCCUGUUCUGGUGAGGGUCUUUAUGUUGCUGAUUUAAUUUGUUCACAUCCACUGCUAAGCUCCUUGUUCUUGUUGUUGUAAAGUUGUAAGCUUUGAUUUCUAUUUUACAUUUCCUUAUUUUUGUUAACAAGUAUGCUUACAGAACACAAGAUAUGCUGUAAAACCCUGUUAGGACAUAAUGUGAAUACGUAUCACUUAAUAUAGUUCACUCUUUGGCUUGACUGUAAGUUGCGUUAAUUAAUAAAAAUGUUUAAAAAAGUG